AUGACGCGCCUACCAGAGUUCCGCGAGCCGCGCAAGGAAGAUACGGUCCGUGGCACCAACGACAAGGGGCGCGUGCAGAACAAUGGCUUCAUUAACCGGGACCAGGUGCACAAGAAACUGGAGGAGCGGGCGAAGACGCUGGAGCAACUCUUCCGCUUCGCCGUCGGCUUAUUCCACGAAGCGAUGGCGGCGACCAAGCACGAGAAAACGACUGUCCAGCACCGCGUCGCGUUGGAAAUCAGGUCGCCUUACGCUGCCGCGACCAUCAUGAGGCGUACGUGGGGAACGCUGCGCUAG